GGUGUUCCAAACAAAAAAUUCUACCAAGGGUAGAAUUAUUCACAAUAUUAUUCUAGUACACCAAAUUUGUAGAUUCUAAUUGAAAAGGGGGAGGCCGUUUUAUUGCAUCCGCUCGAUUUGAUAAAAAAUGACUGACCACAAAUCUAAUGUGAAGGAAUGUGAUAUUAGUAUCGAGAUGCAGACCGACGCCUUAGAGGUUGCGAUAAAGGCAGCCAAAGAGCAUCAAAUGGAAAAGGAUAUCGCGGGGCGGAUUAAAAAGGAGUUCGACAGACGCUACUGUCCCACCUGGCAGUGUAUUGUAGGGCGUACCUUCGGGGCGGAUAUCGCGUACGAGGCUAAGCACUUUAUCUUUUUUAACAUCGGGCAGCUUUCGGUGUUACUUUGGAAGACCGGCUAGCGAGAGAUGCCUUUUGUUCUUUUGCAUGACGUGAGCGGAGGGAUUGUGGUGGUGGGUGGUAAAGAACGACGUGUGUGCACGACAAUCGCAGCUUAAAAAAAGGAUGGUCGUAAAACAUGACCAGAUUUGUAUUGAUAUAUGUGUUUCUGGUCUAGACGAUGUAUAUAAAACCAUGUUAAGAUGGUUGUACCAUGGAGAAAAUGGGGUUUUAUAAUUCAUA